AUGUCCGAGUCAGAUUCACCAUCUCAAUCGCAAGCGCCGGUAGCUCCGAAAGAUACUGGUUAUACGCCAGGCGAUGGCUUCUUCACGCAAGUGAAGAACAUACUCAAUAUUGUUUCAGGGAGAAUGACCACAGAAGGAAAAGAACAAUUUCGCAUCGCAAGGGACGAUCGAAACGAAGAGGCGGACUGCAAGCGAUGCGAAGAACAGCGCGAUUAUCUUUUGAGAUACAGCCCUGUGAUAACCUAUCUGAGUGACAACAUCAACCAAUUGGGAGGCAACAUAUCCAGUCAUAACAUCUACUGCCGCCGCUGCACGAAAAGACAAGGAGGUGGUUUCGACCCUCAACAUGGAAUAAUGGUUUGCGCAAACGAGAUGCGAGACCAAAGCCACUUGGAAGACACCAUGGCACACGAGAUGGUACAUGCAUAUGACCAUCUCAGGUUCAAAAUGAACUGGGAUAAUUUAAGACAUGCGGCAUGCUCCGAGAUCCGAGCAAGUUCGCUGAGCGGCGAGUGUCGCUGGGCUCGAGAGUUUUUCUCGAGAGGACAGUGGAAGCUUACACAGCAGCACCAGGAAUGCGUCAGACGAAGAGCUACGCUUUCGUUGAUGGCCCGGCCAAACUGCAAAGACGAAGAACACGCAACAAAAGUGGUGAAUGAAGUGUGGGAAAGCUGUUUCAGGGAUACCCGGCCAUUCGACGAGAUUUAUCGAUGA